AAUUGUGAAGGCUCAUGUUUCCAUUUAAUCAUGGCAGAUCUAAGGAGUGUUGGAUUUCUGUGUUGACCAACGUUAUGGAAUAGAAGAGGGAACAGAACCAGAUCUUCCUAUUUGAGUCUUCUGCUUCAGUCACUGUUUUUCCUGAUGUUGAGAACGUGAUGCUAAGAAAAACUUUUCCUGUAGCAUCCUGAAACAGAGACAUUGCAUGGUAGAAAAGAGUGAAAAGAUGUUUCUGUGACCUUUUGGUGAAGAAUGUAAUUCUAUUUAUGCAUUCCUACAAUGAGACAAUGAUGUUUUCUGUGUCACAAAGGGCAUUUCUUAAGGAAACUUCUUGUCAGUCCUGAGUCUGGCAGCACACAGUCCAGAAAUUUGAAUGCUGUGAAGGGUGCAGAAUUAUGGGUAAGGACACUGAAAGAAAUGGAAGGGUUUUAUCUAUAGAUACUUAGCUUUGUGUAUGGUGUCACUGACAAAACUUUUUUUUUUUUUUACAAGAGUGGCCUAUAUGACACCAGAGUUGCAGGCACGAGAUGGGAUUCACUUCUCUCAGAAGGGGAAGAGAGUACUUUGGAAAAUCCUGGCUGGGCUCACUGGUAGGGAUUGAAACUAGAUGUAAAGGGGGAAGGAGGUGGCAGUUUGGAGGUGUUGCCCUUUACAUCAAUAAAUGAAUAAGGCAUGAAGAACUGUGCCUGAAGAAUAGCCGCAAGCAAGUAAAAAGCCUAUGAAUGAAAGUUAGAAACCCAGGUAACAAAGGAAGCCUUGUGCUUGAUAUCUACUACAGGCUGCCUGAUCAAUCAGAGCCUACUGAUGAAGCCUUCUUCCUCCAGCUACAGCAGUCAUUGUAUUCACAGGCUCUUGUCCUGCUGUAGGACUUCAACUACCCUGACAUCUGCUGGAAAAGUGACACAGCAAGAUGUAGACAAUCCAGGAGGUUCCUGGAAUGCGUGAAUGAUAAAUCCUGGAGCCAAGUAGCAGAAAGCACCUCACUGGAGGGGUUUGCAGUACUGGACCUAUUGCUCAUGAAUGCAAGUGAACCGAUUGGUGACAUCAGGAUUGGAGACUGCCUGGGAUGUAGUGACCAGGAUUUCAAACUGCUGAGGGUUAUGAUACAGACAGAGAGUAAAAUCAGGAUGCUGAAUUUUAGAAAAUCCAAAUUCCAGCUCUUCAAGGGGUUAGUCAACAAAACCCCCUGGGAAACUGUCCUCAGGGAGAAGGGAGUGGAGCAGAGCUUGAAGAUAUUUAAGGAAACUUUCCUUAGGGCACAAGAGCUCUUCAUCCCCACAGGAAGUCAGUGUAGGAAGUCAGAAAAAGAAGGCAAGAGACUGACAUGGCUGAACCAGAACCUGCUGGUCAAACUGGAGAGCAAGAAGAAAAGGCACAGACAAUGGACAGGUGCAUACGUGCUCCAAGUAAAGGCAACAGAUGCUGAUGAUCCUACCUAUGGAAAUAGUGCCAGAGUGGUCUACAGCAUUCUUCAGGGGCAACCCUAUUUCUCCAUUGAUCCAAAGACAGGUGUGAUAAGAACAGCUUUGCCAAAUAUGGACAGAGAAGUGAAAGAACAAUAUCAAGUUCUUAUCCAAGCCAAGGACAUGGGAGGACAACUGGGAGGACUAGCUGGAACCACAACUGUAAACAUAACUCUCACGGAUGUCAAUGACAACCCACCCAGAUUUCCUAAGAGUAUCUUCCAUUUGAAAGUGCCCGAGUCCUCUCAUGUUGGUUCUGCUAUUGGAAGAAUCAGAGCUGUGGACCCUGACUUUGGGAAAAAUGCAGAAAUUGAGUACAACAUAGUUCCAGGGGAUGGAGGUAACUUGUUUGACAUCACAACAGAUGAGAACACCCAGGAAGGAGUCAUCAAACUUAAAAAGCCAUUAGACUUUGAAACAAAAAAAGCAUAUACCUUUAAAGUAGAGGCUUCCAAUCUCCAUCUUGACCAUCGAUUUCACUCAGUGGGUCCAUUCAAAGACACUGCCACUGUGAAGAUAAACGUGUUGGACAUGGAUGAGCCUCCAGUUUUCAGCAAGCCUUUGUAUACAAUGGAGGUGUAUGAGGACACUCCCGUGGGAACAAUCAUAGGUGCAGUGACAGCGCAAGACCUCGAUGCUGGCAGCAGUUCGGUUAGAUACUUCAUCGAUUGGAAGAAUGAUGUGGACAGCUACUUUACAAUAGAUGCAAAUGAAGGAACCAUUGCUACUAAUGAAUUACUGGACAGAGAAAGCACAGCACAGUACAAUUUCUCUAUAAUUGCAAGUAAAGUUAGUAACCCAUUAUUAACCAGCAAAGUCAACGUUAUAAUAAACGUCCUGGAUGUCAAUGAGUUUCCUCCUGAAAUUUCGGUUCCGUAUGAGACAUCUGUGUGUGAAAAUGCCAAAUCAGGACAGGUAAUACAGACUGUCACUGCUGCAGACAAAGAUUUGUCACCAGCUGGGCAAAGGUUUUCCUUCAGGCUGUCACCUGAGGCUUCCAACAAACCAAAUUUCACAGUCCAUGACUACAGAAACAACACUGCUGGGAUUGAAACCAGGAGAAAUGGCUACAGCAGGAGGCAGCAAGAGCUGUACUUUCUUCCAGUGGUAAUAGAAGAUAGCAGUUACCCUGUCCAGAGCAGUACAAACACAAUGACUAUCCGGGUUUGCAGAUGUGAUUCUGAUGGUACCAUCCUGUCCUGCAAUGUGGAAGCAAUCUUCUUGCCAGUAGGCCUCAGUACAGGAGCACUGAUUGCAAUCCUGCUGUGUAUUGUUAUACUUCUAGUCAUUGUAGUGCUAUAUGUAGCACUACGGAGGCAGAAGAAAAAGGACACCCUGAUGACCUCUAAAGAAGACAUCAGAGAUAAUGUUAUCCACUAUGAUGAUGAAGGAGGUGGAGAAGAGGACACCCAAGCUUUCGACAUUGGUGCCCUGAGGAAUCCCAAAGUGAUUGAAGAUAACAAAAUGCGCAGGGACAUAAAACCAGACACCUUGCGUUUUCCACGUCAGAGACCACCAGUGGAAGACAACACAGACAUAAGAGAUUUCAUUAAUCAAAGGCUGCAGGAAAAUGAUGUUGAUCCAGCUGCACCCCCUUAUGACUCCUUGGCAACCUAUGCUUAUGAAGGAAAUGGAUCUGUUGCAGAGUCCCUCAGCUCUAUAGAAUCCCUUACUACAGAGGCAGACCAGGAUUACGACUAUCUGAGUGACUGGGGACCUCGUUUCAAAAUCUUGGCAGACAUGUUUGGAGAAGAAGAAAGUUAUAACCCUGACAAAGUCACUUAAGAACAAAUACAACAGUGAAAUAAAAAUAAAAGCAAACUAACAACAAAUAAAAAAGAUAAACCUAAGCUUUAUAAUAGGACAAGAUUCCUUUGAUUAUAAAAGACAGGAAUUGUUUCCAGAAAGUUACUACAUUUAUCAUACUGUCAGUUUUUGUUUGAUCUGCAAAGAAGAGAUAAAUCCUGUAAUAUACACAGUUUUUUGUUGUUCUUAUUUUGUUACUCUGGAAUUACACUGAGACAAGCUCAGGCCUACAAGGUACAGUUUGCUGACUGACUUAGAAAGAAGAUAGCUUUCUGGCAUCGUGGUGGAAGAGUGGUAGCUUUUUCGUAAUUCCACUAAAGUGCCUAUUGAAACUUUUAUCAUUUAAGUGGUAAAGAGUCUGCUGUGAUGGUGUUACAAAAUGGAAUGGUGAAUUGGACAUGAACUUUAAGACAAGAAGCAAUAGCAACAUGCUGACUUCUUAUAGAACAAAAAUGGAGAUAACUUCCUGGAGUAUAUCUAAUGAUUAAAACUAAGAGGGAUGUACAUUGUGUUUGGGGGUUAUAUUUGUGGUUUUUUUUUCAAAGAAGAAAAUACUAUGUCAAGGCAUUAUAUUUCUUCUUCCAAAAUUUCACUGAAAAUUGAAAUUUAAAAUGCUACUGCUGACUCUGAAGAUGUAGAACCAAAAGUAAAAAAAAGAUUUUAGCAUACAUCAAUGAAUAUUUAAAAGUUCAUGAAAAUAUUUCAUUUUUUUCCCCCAGAAUAAUAAAAGAUGAAAGCAGCUACUUUAGAUGAAGGAAUUUUCUCUUUUUUAAAAUCAGAAUAUUAUUAGAAAAUAAUAUAGUUAAUUUAAUUUUAAUUUAUUUGUUUGUUUGUUUAGGAAUAUUAUUGUAUUUUUAGUACCAAGUCAUUUUUUUCCCUUGUAAUUAUCACUGAAGUAAUACAUGUAAUGAACUCCACAUCAGUUUUCUUUGCACUAGUUUGUUCAUGUGUGGGUACUAUAGAAAUACAUACUACAGAGAUAAUUAAUUUUCAACUGACCACCUACUACAGUUCACCAUUAUAUUUUAGUGUCAGACCCUUACUAAAAAUUUAUAAAGCAUUCUGAGGAUGGAAUCCUUAUUAUGUAAUUUUGUUCUUCAUAAAAUCAUAGAAUGAUUUGAGUUGUAAGGGACCUUAAAAAUCACCUAGCUUCACCCUGUCUGCCAUUGGCAGGGGCACCUUCGACUAGACCAGACUGUUACAAAGACCAAUACAAUUUGCUCUUGAACACUUACAGGAAUGGGGCGUUCAUCACUUCUUUGGGCAAGUUUUCUGUGCCUCACCAUCUUCAUAUUAAUAAUUUCUUCCUAAUGUGUUCUCUCUCUACUUUUUUUUUUGUUCAAAAUCAUGACACACUGUACUAAUGAAAUCUAUUCCUUAACAAAAUAUUAACAGACAGAAAAUAUAAGAGAGUAUAUUUUUCCACACUUUAUGUUCAUACCCAUUCAUAAGCAUAGCUGUGCAAAUAACAGAAUUACAUAUAUUUGCAAGGCACUAUGCCAUGGAAGAGCACUUGUAAACAAUUUCAUGUGAUUUUUUUUCUGAUGAUUUAAGGAAUACACAUUUUGUAAGGCAAUGUUUUAUGGCCCCCAAAGUGCAUAUAUCCUUGUAUUCUCCUUCUAAAAUCUCUGCCAUGCUAUACAAUAUGCUCAAGCUCUACUCAUGAUUACUGUCAGGCAAGGUGAAAGUCUUUUGGGUCUACAGCUUAGUUUUUGUGCCAGUGAAGAAUUAAUAGCUGCCAGAUAUACUUAGAACACAAACCUGAUUAAUAUACCCAAAGUAUCUUCUACUCUCUUGUUGAAAUGAGAAGGUAUUACAAAGUUGUAUAAAUAACUCUUCCAAUAAGACAUUAAAAGGCAUGUUGCUUAAAUAAAUUUAGAGUUAUAUGGUACAAUUGGACAGGGCAUAGCAUACAGUAACAUAAAAUGUUUUGUAUAGGUGGGUUUCUGUUUUUCAUUAUUAGUAAAGGUAGCUGAUGUUCCUUGGAUGACAAACUAAAGUAACAAAAGCUCUCACCAAAUAUUAGGGAAGCAGAUGGAUUAACAAGGCCUGUUUACUACUAUAACAAUUUUAGUUUCAAAGCUACUGUUUUUACUUUUUGUGCAUGAUAGCAUAGUAAGAUCAACUCAAUACUGCAGAGUAGACCUCAAACAGAACUCUUAAAAAAAAAAAAAUGUUUACAAAUGUGUAAUCUUAGGGUCAAGUUCUGCUCUUUGUAACUGUAUUGGUCCUUUACAAGUAUUAUGCAAGAAAAAUCAAUGAGCAUUUACUCAUUUACAAGCAUUUACUGUCAGCCAGGACAAUCCAUAUGGGAACCUAACAUCUAAAAUAAGUGCGCAGAAAAUGUGAUUUAAUCAUGCUAUUACACAAAAUUCAGAUACAACAGUAGUUGUUUUAUGCUGAAUUAGUGACUAUUUGAAUAUCAAAUGCAUAUUUUUGACAUUUAAGAUCUUUGUAAUUGAGAUGUUUCAAUCACAUAAUUAAUAAACCUCCAGGAAGAUUAAAAAAAAAAAAAAAAAGUUAUAUAAUUACCGAUGCAAUUAUGCUAUAAAAUCUUAAUUAAAAUCUAAGACUUUUUUCGAAGAGUGAUCAAACAAUUUUAAAUUAAAGAGGGUACUUUUUUUUUUUUUUUGUAAACAGCUCUACAGAACUAAAGAAAAUCUUCACUUUAUAUUCACACAUAAUCUGGGACCCAAGAAAUGUGUGUUUUAUUCCAUAUUCUAUCACUCUCUUUCUGAAAAAUGCAUGCCAGAUUUUAAGACUUUGUUUUUUAAAAGAUAAUUAAACAGAUAUGAAGUUUGUAAGAUUUAAAUAAGAUAUCUGAGAUGACAUGAAGUCAGUGAGAAUAAGGAACACCAGUGCAUUUGUAAAUUGUACUGGAUAUGUACUUUUGUUUUUAAGCACUGUAUCUUUGAAAAAUCCCUACAGACUUGUAUAAUCCAUAUCUCACAGUGGAUGUUUGUCUUUCUCUGGACUAUGGAGAGAGCCAUAAAAUUUCACAUUGUAUCAGUGGCAGGAAACUGCUUACAAAAAAGCUUAAAAGGCACUGAAGUGGUAGACUCAAGAAAAAAUGGUUUUCAUUCUAGUUUCCAAGCAUAAGAUACUGGUGCACAAACAUUUGGCAUCAUCUUAAAUCUCUGAGCAAAACUCCCCUCAAAACACAAAACAUUCUGUAAAAUGCCUUCAAGUAAUCUAGCUGGUAAGAUUAUAUUGUGGACAUACGGAACUGAAGACAAAUUUAUAAAGAUCCUUUGAAAUAAAUUUUAUGUAGGAAAAAGCCUUUUGUGUCCUCCUGAGAUAUACCUGAAAACAUCACAACUUAGGAUAGUUCAGACCAUUUCAUAGAACAUAAAAGAUUAUUAAUACUUGGAUUUAAGAGUGCUACCUCACAAAUCUGAAAAUACUGUUAUUCUUGAAAUGCAGAUUUACAAUAUUGUGAGAUAACAAGGAUUUGGAAAGCAAUGACAGUAGACAAUGACUGUGGCACAAAGGUCUGUUUGAACAUUUUAUACUUCCAAAAUGUUUACUUAUAAAAAUUUUAUAAGUUUGCUCUGAAUUUUGCUAUUUGAAAAUAAAAUCAGUUGAUGAGGAUUUACUCUGAGUUAUGAAAGCAAAGUUCAUUGUUAUGGAGCAAAGAACAAUAAAUGAUUCAAUAUAUUACUGAUAAUAUUAUUCUAGACAAUAUGUUCCAAAUGUUUUUGCCUUAACAAUAAGAUGUAAAUUUCCAGAUAAACACAACUAAUCUUUCACAGAAUUAAAAAAUAUGGGGCACCCAAUGCAAUACUCAUUUAAAAUUUUUCUCCACUACCAUUAUGAAAGAGUUCUUAAGACUAUGUUGCUAUGAAAUAAGAAAAAUGUUGUUAAAUGAAUACAGAAAGAAAAUACAAUAAUAUUUUGGAUUGCUGGCAUUUCAUAUGACAUUAGUGACGGUUUUAUUUGCUGAGAUUUGGAGAUUUGAGCUUGUAAAUAGUUUACUGUUGUUAUGUUUUUUUUUUUUAAUCUUUAUUAACAUUCCAAUCCUGUGUGUAUAGAAAUAUUUUUGAGCUUUACUAAACUUCAUAAAACAAAUAAUGAAAUGACCCCUAAAAUAAGCCUAUGGAAGUGACGUUAACUGUAAAUGAAAAUCAAACUUUAUAUUAAACCCUUCCAAACCUUC